AUGCCUGUCAUGACACGAUCUAUGACCGCUGGGAAACGGCCCCCCAUUGCUCCUCCACUUACAAAGGAGGAGAAAGUCGCAGCCAAGGCCGCCAAAGCCCAAGAGAGGGCCGAAGCUAAGCGUGCGAAAGCAGAAGCCAAGGCCAUCAGGGAUCAAGUAAAAGCUGCCAAGGCUGCAGCGAAAGCCUCAGCGAAAGCCUCCGGAAAGGUGUCAAAAGUCAAGAAGAGCAAGACCAGCAAGAAAGCCAAGACGAGCAAGACAACCAAGACAAGCAAGAAGCCGAAGCUCUCAGAAAAGCGUGUAUAUGAAGAGGACGAAAGUGAAGAUGAAGCCGACUACAAACGACGUAAGACCUCGGACUCUGAUUCUAGUACUUAUAUUGAAGUCAGCUCCAAGAAGGGAUACCAUACCAAGCCACCAAGCCUCGCGGAAAGCAUCUCCAUCGAUAUCAAGGAAUGGGUUUACUCUAGGGAACUUCCUCGACCAAAGGGAUUACAGACCAACAUCGAGACCACCCUGCCCAAGAUUCACGUGGGAGGAUCUGCACCACAGCCUCGCUGGCUAGUGGCCCAGAGCAAAUCUAUCCCUCCGCCCCCUGCACUGCCCGGAUUCCAUUGUCAAUCAGGCAGUUCCACAUCUACUGAUUAUGGUGGCCUGGUGUGGUACUUUGAUGAGGGCGACUACAAGUGCUGGAAAGGACUUCAAUACCCCCAGCUUUUCGAGCUGGCAUAUAAAUGCUUUGAGGACACACUGAAAGACGAGAAAUUGAAGAAUGAGAUCAACAAUAGCCUCGCCAAUGGACCAAUUGCUAAACAUGUCACACGCAAUGCUGGAUGGGAGCCAACUCUACCCCCUCCACCAUACACCAGAUAUUUCGGAUUAGGCCCCGACUCACUCCCAUGGGAGGCCUCUAAGACAUCCGGGGAUGGUUAUUACUUUGCAGACCAGGCACGUCCGACUUUGGCUGUUCGGCCCUCGAAGUCGGUCGCCCAGCCUUACCAGCAUAUGAUGGCUACCAAGAUCCUGGACCAGAUCACUACGGCCUCAGAUAGUGGUUCUGAUGGGAGUCGACCUAACUCCAUCGGUAGGGCCCAGGGGAGCCGACCCGCGGAGUCCAGCAGCCAGGUAGAUUCAGGGAUCGAGGUGCAGAGCAAUCGAACGGACCAGAAAUCAGACUCAGGCCGUGAGACUGGUAGCGAAACUGGAGAAUCCAGAUGUGAGCAGUCGGAUAAUCAGUCUGGUAGUGAAAAAGUAUCGAGAAGAUCAUCUGUGGCUGAGCAUGAUGGGCUUUUUAACCCGGAAGAGAUUGAAGAUUAUUAUAGUGCUAGAGGUCUGACCUUUCAGUCAGACAGUGUAGGAGGUAAACGAGGAGCGGAAUCGCCUUUGGAUGAGGAGGGUGAGAAAAAGCGAGUGCGAUUAGAAGAAGAGGAAGUAAAAGACACAGAGAUGGGAGGGACAAAGGAUAAGGAAAAGGGCAGGGAAGCUCCAGAGGAAGUUCCGGCAGCUCCUCUAGCUCCAGAUGUACCAGACGUGCCAGAUUUCAGCGAUCAAUUUUACAAGGAUGCAACGGCAAUCUGCGAGAACAAGACGACUCGACUCGAGCAUUUUCCUGAUCCUGAAACUGUCCGUGGGGUUCGGAUGUGGGCAGGAGAAGAUACUACAGCAACAGGGCCGGAUCUUGAUGCUGUACUGCCUGCGUGGGCUGACAAUCAUCGACCUUUUCACCCGUGGGUUGAGGUGAGUACUCUAAAUAAUUCUAUCAGGAUGCAGCACUAA